CAUAAUAAUUAUUAACAACGCCUCCCAAGCUAAGGCCAAGCCAUUCCAGAUCCACUACGGGGACAGCGAAAGGGGAACUCGGGACGCAGUCCUAGCUCGAUAGCAUCAUAAUAGAGUAGUAGCUCUCUGGAUAGCGACAGAUCCGUGGCCACAUGCCGUUUUUCGGUGGACCGAAUAAGUUAGACAAGAACCUGUUCGUAUUAUUGCUUUCUGGUGUUCCCAGCUUGCUUGCUUGCUUGCUGGUCUAACAGUAAUAACUCUAGUAUCUAGCGGCUUAUCAGAGCGGACAGCUCGAGACCGCGUAACAUGAACUUUCCUCAACAUAUCUACCCCAGACAAUCUGAUCUCCUUCCCCAUCUUCUAAGGCCAGCUGCCAAACAACCCCUCUGGAGUAGGCUCCCAUUGUUACCGUUACCGACAUACUGGACUCACAAUGGCAUUUCGAUGGUAUCAAGCACGGCUGGCGAAGCAGCCGAUCCUCACGGCCAGCGUAUCCAGCGCGAUUCUGUUUGGUAGCGGAGAUGUUCUUGCCCAGCAGCUGGUCGACCGCAAAGGUCUAGAGAAGCAUGACUUUGCCAGGACCGGUCGCAUGGCGCUCUACGGUGGAGCUAUCUUUGGUCCCGCUGCCACGACCUGGUUCGGUUUCCUCCAGCGCAAUGUUGUCCUAAAGAGCACUCGUGCGACCUUGGUUGCGCGAGUCGUUGCAGACCAGGGUCUCUUUACCCCAACACAUCUGACGGCAUUCCUCUCGUCUAUGGCCAUUAUGGAAGGCACCGAUCCCGUGGAGAAAUGGCGUUCUACCUUCUGGCAGAGCUACAAGGCCAACCUGAUGAUCUGGCCUUGGGUGCAGGCAGUCAACUUUACGUUUGUGCCUCUCGAGCUCCGGGUCCUGGUGGUCAAUGUGAUCAGUCUGGGCUGGAACUGCAUUUUGAGUUUGAUCAGCAGCAAUGAGGGUUGACUCGGCUGAUCAAGGUACCACCAAAAAAAAAUAGAUAAAGGGCCUGGUAGCCCACGGUUUGUGCUUCAGUCUUCUUAUGUGCUCAUUGGAAUGCCGCGCGGAGAUAGAAAGGUGUAUUGCGAGGGUCUAGAUUAUAUUUGCAAGAGAACUGCUUUCGAAUGCGUCUCCACAUCGCAGUAUAUCGUCUUUCUUUAUUUGAUUGUUUUUUGCAUGACAGCGACGCAGUAAAGAAAUCCAUGAAUUGAAAUGACUUGACAGUAAAAACACCUGUGUUGAGUGACGGUUGAUUGUGAAGAGUUUCAAUGUUGCCGGG